UUCCUCAGCCCUGGACGGUGGUCCAUGGAGCCUGGCGACUUCAUCCCGGCUCCGCCCAUAGACUUUUUUCCUCAACAGGGAACCAAUCACCUCCUCUUAAGGGAGGGUAGGACAUGCAAAUAGGCGGGACAUCUGGAAUUUAAAGGGUUGGAUACUAUUGGCGCCUCCUCCGUAACAGAUUUUGAGCAUGACCCGGAUUUAGUACCAGCAGGAUGGCUAGAGGAGAGCAUGUAUUUGAGAUAGAAUCAUCUCUUCCAGAAAAAGGGGAAUUCCUGGCUCUCCCCUACCUAGGUUGAGUUCUUUGUCCACUCCGCACGCGCCCGGGGAUUCCCUUUCACAGCCCUCUGCGGUCAGGGAGGAGGAAUGAGGCCGCCACGCAGCUGGUACCGGAACUGAACAUCCAGCGUUCAGAUUCCGCCGGGAAGACUUAGGCAGAGAGCCCAGCCUUUGGACUUCUGGUUCCGGUUCUUGCAUUCCGCGGGCUACGGUCGCCAUGGAGGAGCCAGAGAUGCAGCUGAAGGGGAAGAAAGUCACGGACAAGUUCACUGAGAGCGUCUAUGUCCUGGCCAAUGAGCCAUCGGUGGCCCUAUACCGCUUGCAGGAACAUGUGCGCCGCUCACUGCCUGAGCUGGCCCAGCACAAGGCUGACAUGCAGCGCUGGGAGGAGCAGAGCCAGGGAGCCAUCUACACCGUGGAGUAUGCCUGCAGUGCUGUGAAGAACCUGGUUGACAGUAGUGUGUACUUCCGCAGCGUGGAAGGCCUACUCAAACAGGCCAUCAGCAUCCGGGACCACAUGAAUGCCAGCUCACAGGGCCACAGGUAGCCUCUGUGCACCCACCUGUGCCCUACUCUGUCAUCAACAUUGCCAGCCCAGUUGCUCAGUGUCUGGAGAUUUCUGCUUGUCACUUGUCACCAGACUCUGAGCCCAGUGGUAUACCUGAGCUGGGCACCAGGAACACAGCUGGGGCAAAGCAGCUGGCUUCUAGGGAGAUGGCAGCCGAGUCAAUCCACAGCAGGCAGGAGCAUGUAAACUUCAUUGCAAGGGAAGCAAUGGAUUCUCCACAAUGCCGUGGGGACCAAGGCAAUGCCAAGACCCAGGAGCCUGUACUCUGAACAUGUUAGAGGAGCCUGUCUGUGUCGUAGCAAGUGAGCGAGGCAGGUGAAAGCAGGGCCUCUCCACCCGGGCCAUACUCCUCUCAAACUGAGGGAGAGUCAAAGAUGAAAAAAAUGCUUGCUGUUUUGGCACAGGAGGGGUAUGGAGAGCUAACUUGUAUUUCCUCUGUUUUUGUCAUAACUUAAUAAACAUGCCUCUGACACA